GCACACAUAGUCUAUUUAAGUAUAUCAGCUGAAUAUGGCGAGUUUUGUACAAGAAAUAUUGACUGUACAGGGAUAGGUCAGGUGUGUGAUGUCAACGUUAAUACAUGUGUUUGUUAUGCAGCUAACAACUACAGUUAUGUAGACAGCGAAAAGAAGUAUUAUAAGGGGCAAUGUGUGAAAGAGCUUGGAACAGAUUGCACAAAAACAGCAGAUUGUAAUGGUGUUAAUGUCAUCUGUGAUAAUGGUAAAUGUAAAUGUAACACAACCGUAAACUAUGAUGAUUAUCGUUUUAUGGAAGGACCUUGUCUUGCUGAGCCAGGAAUUGACUGUAAAUAUGCAGAUGACUGUAUAGAUAGACAUACCAUCUGUGAACAUGGUAAAUGCAAGUGCAACACGACCACACACUUUGAUUAUCCUGGUGUAAGAGAGGGGGAGUAUUGUGAAGCUAAAAGUGCUUUAGGAGACGACUGCAAUUCCCAAUGCCUCGAUAACAAUGCUGUUUGUAGAUUUGACGAACACCGAAAAAAGUGCCAAUGCAACGAUGGCUUUUAUAGUUUUGAAGGAAGUUGUGUCAAAGGUAAAAUCAGUUUAUUAAUUUGUUGUCAAAAGGAUGUUGACAAUUAGGACUUUUAAUGCUAAACUGAACUUCACAAAUUUCAACAUA